CACUCCACGCUAAUACGCUUCGGUGGAACGAUAACAUUUCAUUUGUAAAGUUUAUUGAGAUAUGUAGUAAAGAGACGCUCGUGUUUUUUCUUUUUUUAACAAACUUACUCUCGUAAGAGUUUCGAAGAGAAAUGAUAUUAUCGUCAGAUGCAUGCUGUUCGAGUAAAAAUGAUGCGAGCAGGCAGAAACAAAUGUUGAGCCAUUGACGUUUAGCCGUUUGUCAGUAAACGUCAACGAUUCCUCGGCGUAAGAUCGAUACAAAUGAUUAUUCGACCAUGGUAGAUCGCGGCUCUGACGGUGGCAAGGAACGCCGACUUCUGCAAUAUUAUGUCGCCAAGAAAGACACGGUACUGUUACGGUUACUUGGCACGUGCGACGUUAACGUUAACCAGUUGCGUCUGGGAAUGCUUGUAGAAGCGCUCGAGGAUUUGAAGGACAGCGCGUUGAAGAUCCGCGUAACCGACACCGCAGGAUCCAAAAGCUGGUGCGGCACGGAAUGGCGUUGCCACAAGUACGAUCUGAUAACAGUAUCGCACAAGAUAUGGCAGUAUCUUCUGGCUGUACAAUCCCCACAGGAGAGAGUUCAAUUGGCAAGCAACGAAACACUGUGCGAACAAAUAAGGAGUAUAUCGAUGAAGGACAAAGUCUGGUACCGCUGUGAUCCUAAUAAACAUUCUAAGGAGUUAGCAUUCGUGAGAUACAUCGGACCUGUGCCGGAAAUAGGACCGGGAUAUUACUUUGGUCUUGAACUACUGGAAAGUCAAGAAGCAUCGAAAACAUGUGCACUGACCAAAGAAUAUUUUAUUUGCACGCAUUGGAAUGCAAUAUUUGCUACUGUAAACAACAUAUGUCCCUAUAAAGAGACUGACACAGUGUCCAGCAACAUUGAAAAAACAUUGUUCUCGAAGGGCACCACAGGAACUGAUCACACCAAUGACAUAAAGAAAUCUGUGCUCGACAGUACGCCGGCUAUUCUGUUGGAACAGUUCACCGCGUUCGACGACAACAAGAACAACAACCGUGAAUCUGUCAACAUGUUGAAGGAACGUCAGAAGAUUGCAAAAUCGACUCCCGAGAAUGACGUCAAUAACUUGGCUAAAAAUCUCGAUCACGCUCUCUUUAAAUCCGGCAAUGAAAAAAAUGAAAUCAAGAAAUUCAGCAAGAUAGAAGAUAAGGAAGACUUAAUGGUAGGCUCCAAUGUGAAAGUAUUACUGGAUUCCGAUGUUCACUACGGAGUUAUUCGGUGGAUUGGCACACCACCCGGCAUUAGUCCUGGCAAAUUGAUGGCAGCUGUGGAAUUGGAUGAUGGACAUCCUUUAGGUACCGAUGGAACUUACAAAGAUACUCGAUAUUUUCACUGUAGGCCUUAUAAAGCUGUAUUCACAGACAUUGAACACUGUUCUCAUUAUGAAAAUACGAAGCUUGACGAGCGACUCGCACUUACGAACAACGAUAACUUCGGUAAUAUGGAAAGUUCCGUAAUCGCAGGUAUAGUGAGGCCUAUUUCCGUCAAAGGAGACUUGGAAAGUAUAUGCGGCAAAUAUCGUGGUAUUCAAGGCCAUCAUAAUUCAUGCUACCUGGACGCCACUCUUUUCAGCAUGUUUACAUUUACCAGUGUAUUCGACAAUCUUCUAUUUCGACCACCGAAUGAAAAGGAUUGUCCGCAGUACGAAGAAGUGCAGCGAGUUUUACGAGAAGAAAUCGUGAAUCCGCUCAGGAAGAAUAUGUUCGUCAGGGCAGAUCGUGUGAUGAAGCUCAGGACUUUGCUCGAAAAGCUAUCGUCAGUAUCCGGCUUGACUAGCGAGGAAAAAGAUCCAGAAGAAUUUUUAACGUCGCUGGUUGCUCAGAUUUUGAACGCCGAACCAUUCCUCAAAUUAAGCUCCGGACAAGACGCGUAUCAUUAUCAAUUGUUCGUCGAGAAAGACGAUCAUCUGAAUUUGCCGACUGUCCAGCAGUUGUUGGAACAGAGUUUCCUAACCAGUAAUAUCAGACUGAAGGAAGUUCCCUCGUGUCUAAUCAUACAGAUGCCUCGUUUUGGCAAAUCGUUUAAAAUGUAUCAAAAAAUACAACCUACAUUAUUACUGGAUGUAACGGAUAUUAUCGAAGACUCACCUAGACAGUGUACAGUUUGCGGGAAACUGGCGGAAUUUGAAUGCAAAGAAUGUUACGGGCAAUGUGGCGUCGGUCUCGAAAGUAUAGCUUUUUGCUUACAGUGUCUCGAGAAGGUACAUUGUCACGAACGAAGGACGAAUCACGAGCCAAAGAAACUAGUUGUGCCUAUGGAGUUUGCAAUUUUGCAAGAACAUUGUCCCGUACCGCGUUUAUAUUUAGAACUUUCCGCUGUAGUUUGCAUUGAAACCUCGCAUUAUGUGUCUUUUGUAAAAUGUGGUCCCGGCUCAGAGGCACCGUGGUGUUUCUUUGAUUCCAUGGCUGAUAGAAAAGGGGAACAAAAUGGGUACAAUAUACCAGAAAUGGUACCAUGUCCAGAUUUUCCCUAUUGGUUAAGUGAAGAAGGAGGAAAUUAUUUGACUAAGUUGACUGAUGACCGGCACUUACCGGAACACGCAAAGCGUCUACUAUGCGAUGCAUACAUGUGCAUGUAUCAAUCUCCCGAUGUUAUGAUGUACAAAUAACUGACAUAGAUUUUGAAUAAUUCUCGCAUUAUUAUUCAAGUGCAAUGUUCUGCUUACUGCAACUCUCAAUCAUUGAACGAAGCUGACAUAAUAAUUCUAGCUAAGAUAGUCUAAAGCAGUUUAAAAAUGUUUAAGAUCAUGAAAUCUUAUGUACAAAGUAGGAAUAUAUAUUUGUAAUCAGGAGAACAUGUAUAAUUACAGAAAAUUGACAAAAUA